UUUCAACUCGGUCGAUGUGUUGUGCGUUUUAUACUUUGCUCGCAGAUUCGACGGCUUCGCUGCAGUUCUGCGUUUGUUCAUUGUUUGCGUAGCGCCAAAGUUAAGAGUCAAACUUACCCGCUGUUAUACAUGCAUAUACAUAUAUAAUAAACUCUUUAUAUACAACAUAAGGAAUCGUGUAAAAGCAUUGUGUUGUGGUCUGUAAAUUUCGGCUUCGCUGGUGCAUUGUGCGGCUUUCAGAGCGCGCAGUUAUCUAAUACUUAGUGACGACACAAGCGUGCAGCAACAACACAAAUACAAAAACCCAUAAAUAUUCGCUAAAAACAAUAAAUAUAACAUAAAGUGUAAACACGUCACUUAUUGACACACAUUUCUAUAUACAAACAGUAAUACUUUCGUGCAACACAAACAACAUUACAAAGGACAACAACGGCACGACAUACUCCGUCUAAGCCAUAGAAAUCGCUUUGCUGCUUUGCAACGAAAGACGCGGCGAAAAUGAGGUGAGCUUUGUAAAUGGGUCAAUAUCAGCGAAAACAACAACAACAACAAAACACAGCAUCAACAACAAAAACGACAACGCUAAAUUCACUAAACUCCACGACAAACUAUUACAUCCCGGCAACAGAUGCCCCCUGCAUAAGCGGGUCAACCUUUUCACCCACAACGACUUUGCAAACGAAUCCGAACAAUUUCCAUAAGACAACAAAGCAACGACUCAACCAAAAUUCCGUAGUACGCACACUUUUGGCAACGACUGUGACUGCAUCUGUUUGGCGAUGCGUGAUCGCCGCCACGCUAAAAUUUCGUUAAUGUCGUGCUGUCGUGGCUGCUCGGACGAUGUGUAUGUUCAUGGUUUGAUGGCCUGUGACCCGCCCACUUUAAUGACACUUUGGCUAAUAUUGCUUUAAUUGUUGUUGUUGUUUAUCACUAAUGCAAUUGCACCAUCGAAGAUAUCCCCGAAGCCCAGGAGGUCAGUUCCACCACCACCACUGACCAAACAGAACCUGUCUCGUCAACGGCAAACGAGGAAUACGACCCCAAUACGCCCAUACCCCGUCCACCGCUCGCCGAACUGACCGCACGCCCACCAACACCCGUCGAUGAAAGUGAAAUGGCAGCCGCUAGCAAAGAAGUAAAUCCUGAUAAAGCAGUCGCUACAACAUCAUCCAGCAGUGAUAGCAUCUUCUCCGUUAUCUAUACGGUUUUCAAGAAGGUCGCCAUUGUGGGCUCCAUCUAUUUGGUUGGCUAUAUGGGCUGGAGUGUCGCGUGGCUGAUCGCACCGGUGAUCUUGUCAGUGGCGCGCGAUGAACUACGCAAAACCACCGAGCAUAAGCGCAAUAUUGCCAAAGCUUCGGCCAUGGCCUCUGAGAAGGAUGUCAUACUUGCACGAAUCGAUGAGCUGCCAGCGUGGGUCUACUUUCCUGACGUGGAACGCUGUGAAUGGGUUAACAAGAUUCUCAAGCAAGUGUGGCCCAACGCUAAUCACUACGCACGCUCCCUAGUCAAAGAGACUAUCGAACCGAAUGUGGCGCUGGCACUGGCAAACUAUAAAAUGAAUGGCUUCCGUUUCGAUCGCAUCAUUCUGGGCACGAUACCACCACGCAUAGGCGGUGUCAAGAUCUAUGAUAAGAAUGUCGAUCGCAACGAGAUCAUUAUGGAUCUAGAUUUAUUCUAUGCCAGCGAUUGCGAUAUCAACUUCUAUUUGGGUAGCAUGAAGGGCGGCAUCAAGGACUUCCAAAUACAUGGCUGGGUGCGCGUGGUCAUGAAGCCGCUCAUACGUUCCAUGCCACUUGUAGGUGGCCUGCAGAUUUUCUUCCUCAACAAUCCGAAUAUCGAUUUCAAUUUAGUAGGUGUUAUCGAUUUUAUGGAUAUGCCCGGUUUGAGUGAUUUGUUGCGCCGCAUUAUUGUGGAGCAAAUUGGUGCCGUGAUGGUCCUGCCAAAUAAGUUGCCAAUAACUUUGAGCAAUGAGGUGCCAGCGAUUAGUUUGAAAAUGCCAGAACCGGAGGGCAUUCUACGCAUUCAUGUCAUUGAGGCAAAGGAUCUCAUGAAGAAGGAUAUCGGUGUUUUGGGCAAAGGCAAGUCAGAUCCUUAUGCAGUGAUCAAUGUGGGCGCACAAGAAUUCAAAACGCAAAUUAUUGAGAAUAAUGUGAACCCCAAGUGGGACUACUGGUGCGAGGCCCCUGCCUUUGCUGACGGCACUUUGGAUCUCAAGGCCGUCUUUCAUCUUUGGGAUUCAGAUAUUCCCGGUAGUCCGAACGAUGAUUUUCUGGGCAGAGCUACCAUCGAGAUUUUCAAUGUGAUCAAGCGUGGAAUUGUAGAUACGUGGCUGACAUUAGAAGACGCUAAACAUGGUCUCUUGCAUGUACGCAUGCAAUGGUAUAAACUGACUGCUGAUCCUAACGAUUUACAAGCGGCGAUAUUGGAAACCAAACAGUUGCGAGUAACUUCCAUGAGCACUGCACUGCUGACUGUCUUCAUCGAUUCUGCCAAGAAUUUAAAGCAAGCUCGCACCAGCUCCAAACCUGAUCCCUAUCUAAUUGCCAUGGUUGGCAAACAUAAAGAGCAGACUGCCAUGAUUAUGCGUGAUGAUUCGCCGGUUUGGGAGCAGGGCUUCACCUUCCUCGUGAGCAAUCCGGAAAAUGAGUCGCUUCAAAUACGUAUUGCUGACCAGAAGACCGGCAAUGAUAUUGGCCAGUACACUUAUCCGCUAAAUUUAUUGUUACCCAAAAAGAAUAUGGAGUUGGUUUCACAACCUUUUCAACUGCAGAAAUCUGGACCCGAAUCUAAAUUGAUUAUGUCGCUGUCUUUGCGCAUACUCAAGCCGGCAGAGAUACUAGAGGAGACUGAGCAAAAUACUGGUUCACCAGAUUCCUCAGCAGCACUAACACGAUCAAGCUCAUGGAAAACGCCCACGCAGGAAAGCGCUAAGGAUCUACAAUCACAAACUAGUCGCAUUUCGUUUGAAUCUCCCAUUGCAGAGGAGCAAGUCACAACAAUGAAUGUCUCACCAGCUGCCACACCUUAUUCAGCUGCCCUCGAGUCGGGCGAAGCGGUGCUUACUCAUCGUAUGCUCGAUUUGACUAGCUCUGCCGGUGAAUAUGGUCUAGGUCGUAUACAACUUUCCAUACGCUAUAGUGUACAACGUCAAAAACUCUCCGUUACGGUACAUAAGAUCAUGUAUUUGCCAUUACGUGAUCCAUCUAGCAUACCGGAUCCCUAUGUAAAACUUUAUCUACUGCCAGGUCGAAGCAAAGAAUCGAAACGUAAGACGAUGGUGAUUAAGGACAAUUGCAAUCCCGUUUAUGAGGCGACAUUUGAGUAUCUCAUUUCGACCGCUGAACUCGCACAAACCGAACUAGAGGUGACGGUGUGCUCGCAAAAGGGCUUCCUCUAUGGCGGCAGUCCCAUUAUGGGCAUGCUUAAAAUUCCGCUUAACGAGCCAGAGAUAUCCAGUAAUGGCAUAAACUCAUGGAUGGAUCUGCAGCCGGAGAUAAAGCACGAUUAAGCGUACGGUAAUGUGCUUUAAGAUAUUUCUUUUAGCCGAAAAAUGGUCAUACAGUGGUACUUCACUUCUCCAAACUUAUUACUCUUUCAAUUUUAUUCAUUUUUUUAUAUCACAACUCUCUCGACUGUCCUGUAUGUAGUGCCUAUCGUAUCAAAAAAAUAAUGUAUUAUAUACAUACAUGUAUAUAUUUUAACAAAUAGGAAUAUAUUACAUAUGUAAAUUUGUGUAUAAGGCCAUUCGAAAAUCAAAAUGUAAAGCAAGAUAAUCACAAAUUUUCAAACAUUACUUUCGUUUUUAAUAUUGUAUUUCUCAUAAUGUAGUUCUAUUAUUUAUAAAAGAAAUUUUUAAGCUAAUAUGCAUUUAAAAAAAGUAUAAAUAAAAAAUAUUCCGAAAAAGUUUUGUAUUAAAUUAAAUAUUUUCGUUUUAGUUUAUUUAUAUAUAUAACUUUAAUAAUGCAUGUGUGUUAAACAGCUUAAAGUUACAAUUUUCUAAAUUAUACUUAAACGAUAUAAGUAAAUAUUUAACUCCUAUUAUUACACUGUGUUUAAAUAAUUAUUCCUAGUGUCAAAGCCUAACCUUAUUAAAAUUUUAUUAUUUUUUACAAUAAUACACUACUAUGUGCCUUCUUCACUGCUGCGUUGUAAAGCACAAUCUUUUGGGUAUACAUACUAUUUAAAUCUAUCAAAAUAAAUAUGUAUUCGCAAAAAUUCAGAAAAUAAUGUUUUAAAUGUUUGUUACAAAAAUUAAAUAAAAGUUAAUAUAACUGGAGAUACUUGUGAACUAAAUUUAAUAGUGAAUGUAAACCAAAGAAAUAAACAAAUAAAAUUA